AAUAUGCGUGUAUUGCUUUAUUUCCGGAUAGUUAAUCGACAGACAUGAAUUUGUGCUUUCAAGGAAAACGCAUUCUCGUGACCGGUGCUGGACAAGGCAUCGGAAGAGAAUUGGCUCUACGUCUUUCCAAGUAUAAGGGACAAGUAUUUGCACUUUCGAAGACGAAGAAGAAUUUGGACAGCUUGAUAGCAGCCGACCCGAAAAUUCAGCCGGUCUGCGUUGAUCUUCAGGACUGGGAUGCGACCCGGAAAGCCGUUCAGAGCAUCCUGCCGAUCGAUUUGUUAGUCAACAAUGCUGCUGUCGUAUGCUUAUCGCCCUUCUUGAACACCACGCCUAAGGGAUUCGAUUUGACUUUUAAUGUCAAUGUAAAGGGUGUAAUGAACAUAUCUCAGAUUGUAGCCAGAGACAUGAUCGAGCGCAAAAGCGGCGGCAACAUUGUAAAUGUAUCGUCACUGGCCGGUCAGGUGGCAGUGAAAGAUCACGCCGUUUAUGGCACGUCCAAGGGAGCUCUUGACAUGUUAACAAAGACAAUGGCCCUCGAACUCGGUCCACACAAUAUAAGAGUUAAUGCCGUCAAUCCUACGAUCGUCCUGACGGAAAGAGGCAAAUUAGGUUGGAGCGAUCCACAAAAAGCGCAUGAAAUGAUCAGCAGAACUUCUCUUGGUCGAUUUGCUGAAGUUGAUGAGGUAGUGAAACCCAUUCUAUACUUAUUGAGCGACCACAGUUCCAUGAUAAAUGGCGUUUGCUUGCCUGUCGACGGUGGUUUCUUAGCUACAUAAAGACAAUUGUUUAAAAAAAUAUUAGAUUAUAAAUUAAAUAUUUAUUCAAUAAUUAUAGAUAUAUCGGUCUGUUUCAACUUUUAAUAUCUACGGAAAUUAAUAAAUUAAUGCAUUUUUUAUGAAUAAUGAUAAGUAAUUAUAUACUAAAUAAUUAUAUACUAUAAUUGUUUAUGUGCAUAAUAAAAUUGAUGUGUGCAUUGUA